GGCAGUCUGAUGGGGGGACACACUCAGGGACCCUCUUCAUCUUCUUCUCCAACACCUCAAUGGAUAUACAAGGUUUUUCUCAAUUUCUGCGGCUGUGACACCCGCAGAACUUUUACAGAUCAUCUAUAUGCUGCUUUAAAGAGGGACGGGAUUAUCGUCUUUAGAGACAAUGAAAACCUCAACAAAGGAAACUAUAUUCCUAAUGAGCUCGUAGAAGCAAUUCAAAAAUCCUUGUACGCGACUGUCAUUAUCUCUAAAAACUACGCUUUCUCUAAAUGGUGUCUUAGUGAACUUGUCCAGAUCGUCAGAUGCAUGAGAGAUAUGGGGCUCACCGUUUUGCCUAUUUUCUACCAUGUGGAUCCUUCCCACGUAAAAAAACAGACGGGAAUUUUUGCAAAAGCUUUUGCUAUUCAUGAAAGAGAUCCCAAAGUUGACAGUGAGAUGUUACAAAAGUGGAGAGCUUCCUUGAGAAAAGUGGGUAAAAUUUCUGGAUGGCAUGUACAACCUGACACAUACGAAUCAACAGUUGUCAAAGAAAUUAGUACCAUCAUACGUAGUGGAUUGAGAGGUAACACUUCAAAUGUUUUCGACACAAGGCCGGACGGGGUCUCAUUUGCGACCUAUUCCAUGUUUCUAAGUCGUUGCACACUGAGACAGAGCUAGAUAGUAUUUUGAGCAGGGGCUAAGCUGCCAAAACUUACUUUAGAUUCUCAAAUUAUUAUUAUUUUUUUUUAUUUUUUUUUAUUUUUUUUUUUUAUA